UCAGUUAGUAGAUGCCAGUUGCGUCAGCGUGUCUACGUAUGGCAGUGGUUCACAGCACACGCGAUGAUGAAUAAAAAAAAGAAUUAAAUUUGACAUUCAGUUAAAGGACAACAAUCACGGAAAAAUUCGCCUCUAAACGACCCUUGUAACGUAACUUAGAUGGUUUAGGUGAAAACGCGCAAUUAAUUUAUUUAGAGAACAGUUAAACGAUUUUGUUUUCUUCUCCCAUAGUUCGCGACUCGCGUGCUCGCUUUGUUGAAGUUUUCCAUUCCAGUGCGCGUGCUGUGAUCUGUCAGUUGUAGCGCUGUGUGUUUGGUUUUUAUUUCUUCUGCAUUUGUAUACUCCUCUCGUCAAUCUUAUAAAGUCUUAUAAAUCAAGUUUAUGAUUUUUUUUCUACUCUAUUCAGCAGUCACAGAAGAUCCUGCUUCAACAUGGGGAAAGUUUUCCUUGAGCAAGGCUGAAAAUAGGUCACCGGGAUAUUUUCUCUGCCUUUGUGGAUCUGGGAUCUAACUUCAUGCAUUGGUGCUUCUGGAUUUGACGGGUUUGCGAAUCCUUGAAACGUCUGCGCUCUUAGGAGGGGAUAUGGUGGUCAACACUGUCCACUGGUUUAGAAAGGGCUUACGCUUCCAUGACAACCCAGCACUGGGAGAAUCAAUAACUAAAGCAGACACCCUGAGAUGUGUUUACAUACUGGACCCAUGGUUUGCUGGAUGGAUCACCAAACGUGGGAAUCAGCAGGUGGAGGAAUGGAAAAUCACCCGACUGUCAUAUGAGGAUGACUCUGAACCCUUUGGGAAGGAUCGUGAUGCAGCUAUUAGGAAGCUGGCCACCAAGGCAGGGGUGGAAGUUUUCGUCAGGAUCUCACACACACACUUUAUGAUCUGGACAAAUGGUGGUUUGGUUGGACAGCUACACAAACUGUCACAAAGAGAAAGAGGGAGUAUUUUGAAACGACAUAUUGAAGACCAAACAUCAGGCAGUGCUUCAAAGAUUCAGAGGAAGGACAGUACCUAAAAAUCCACAUGUAUUAAGCUGCAUAUAUUUCCUGGCCCUUCGAGUAAUUGUAAACUAAGCCUAGCUCAUAACCUGGGUGACACGACACACCAUGUGUAGUUACAGCGUUUAAAUGUUUACAUGACUUGCAAACUGUACAUUUAUGAAGAAAGUGUCUUUUUCUCUUGAUGUUUCAUCAUGUAUUGCAUUUUUUUAUAUCAAGUGUAUGUAUUUAGCAUACGUUUUGGUGUCUGUUGGUGUGUAGGUGCUGUUUGUGCGAUGUUGUUGUCUAGCUUUUUGGCAAUAAGUGAAGCAUAAGAUCAUAAUAGUGAUCGACAGGACUUAUAAGCCUAAAUAUUUAAACUGAUCCCUUAUUGGGAUGAGAAAUUGGACAUGAUCAGGAAUUUAUUUUAUUAAUUCAAAUGUUAAUUUUCUGUUUUAUAAACAGAGACCGUAAAUAAAAAAUCUAUAUCAGGGGUCUCCAACAUUUUUGUGAGCAAGUGCUACCUCAAUGGAUAAAACAAUCUGGAGGGCUACUCUUUUGAUAGUCUACUCAAAGCUUUUUUGUUUUACUUGUUGAUUUUAUUUCAUUUCACUUGUUAAUAUGUUUUAUCAUUGCUUAAAAUGUUAACAUGCAUAAAAGAAGCCAAGCUAAUCUAAAAAUAUGUAAUAAAUACAUUUUAAAAUUGAGGCUAUUAAUGGAAUGUGCUUUGGCGGGCAACUCACAGACUCUGUGCCACCAUGGUGGAGACCACUGAUCUAUGUAAUAAAAUCUCUAAAUUUACAGAUUUCAUUGCUUUUUUAAUGAAGUAAAUCUAUCAUUAUGGCACGUGACUUAUAAGCACAAAUGGAUUUGUUUGAACUGUUACAAAAAAAUCCAAGACUUACUGUAUAUAAGUGUCUACUGUAAGUAACCCACUCUGCAAACUAUUGUAUAUAACUUUAUUUUGCUUAUUUGCAGACUUGUAAGCUGUUAUAUUUUUAAUAUGAGUAACACAGUAUGUUUGAAUUAUUGCCAUGUGUUCUUUAUAAAUCAUCAUUAAUAAAACUUGAUAGACCUAUUAAUAAUUUGCAGCAAAAUUAUUUGGGUUCUUGAAUCCACAUGUAGUAUGUAAAAUCCUAUAGACAUGUCAUUUGGUCAUGUAGACCAGUGGGUUGGGCAAAAACUUGGCUUUUGUGGUGAAUAACGCAAAAACCUGUUAGGCCAUUGAAUAAUUAACAAUGGCAAUGGUAUUGAUAUGUAAUCAUAAGCUAUUGGUGGGUUCUGGAAUAAAAAAGUUUGGGA